GGCGGGAAAGGCGCAACGACCGGCACGCGCUGGGAGGCAGGGAGGCGAUCGGAGCGAGCAUCGGGUCGCCGGCCGACGGCCAGUCGAGAAUAGCUGGGACGUGAAGGGGCUGUUGGCUGCGCAUCGACGAGAUUCGGCGCUUUGUGAGUUCGGGGAGCUGCGCAGUUUCACGGCAGGCACGGUUGCAGGUCGACCCAGUGGCCAGUCCGGUGGAGUUCUGGAAUUCGAAAGGUCCGCCUGAACGCUUUUGUCUCCCUGAUUCCUGCACUCCGGGACUGGCUUGCAUUCUGCACGCGGAAUUGCGAUCGCAGGCAUUAUCGUUGUCACUAUGGCACCGACGAUCGCAUGAUACGAGAAUAUCCUGGCAGCUACUGCGGCUUCCGCCGUCCUCAGGCCGAUUUGGACCGCGGAGUGAGCGCGAGAGAACGCCCCGCACGCCUCUCUCGGCAGCGGAUAUGUUAGGAGCUCCACCUCUGUCCCAAGCAGUCAAUCCUCCUGCCCUUCUUCCGUUCUCCACCUUGAUGAUUUUGCAGUCUCAAGCUAGACUUCUCCAGUCCUGGGCCUCACAUUCUCACUCCUUUCUCCUCCGAUCUCAGUCUCGUCGCGCCUCUGAACUCGUCCGAUUCUCACAAUGGCGGUCAAUCUCUAGCCCCACGCCGUCCUGCAAUUUGCCGAAUCAGUCGUCCGCCUCCUCGGGCAUCCAACGCCCUGACUUUAUUGAAACGAGGAGAAGCGUCGACAUGGCGGCCCCGGCUGUUGCUUCACCGGUCGCGUUCAAUUUGGAUCCGGUGCCACGAGAUGUUCCUCUUUUCCAACCGGGAUUGAAUGGGCUCGGUCAAGACGUCAGACCCGGUCGACUCGUCGUGAUCGGACAUCGCGGUUGUGGAAAGAAUAACGCCUUAUCCAUAGGCGACACGCCUGGCUCCAGGCUGUCUAUACGAGAGAAUACCAUCAAGUCUUUCAAUUUAGCCGCCAGUAAUGGCGCUGACUACGUCGAGUUUGAUGUUCAGGUCACAAAGGACAAUCAUCCAGUACUUUUUCACGACGACCUUAUAUUAUCCGAGGAUCAGGUAUCAAGGAUCCGGGACCUUUCUCUCGAGGAAUUUCUUUCGUUCGGACCCCAGAAAGAGCAAGGAAAGAUCGGGAAGAAUCUAGUGAGAAAGUCAGCCGACGGAGCUGUAAAAGCGUGGUCAGCCACCGUUGAGGACUCGCUGUGUACUCUCAAGGAUGCUUUUGAGAACGUGCAGCCGUCUCUGGGCUUCAAUAUUGAAAUGAAGUUCCACGACACGGAAGAAACGACGGAAUCGGAGUAUCGACGUUCUAUCCUUGCCGUGCUAGCGGAUAUUGAGAAGUAUGCAAACGGUCGAAAAAUCUACUUUUCCUCUUUUCAUCCUGAGGCAGCUAUCAUUUUGCGCCAGGAACAGUCCACCUACCCGGUAUUUUUUUUGACGUGUGGUGGGGAGCAUACCUACGCGGAUGCACGAAGAAAUUCAGUCGAAGCAGCCAUCAACUUAUGUAAAGAAAACGGUCUCCAAGGGGUCGUUACCGAAGUAUUACCUAUUUUGAAAAAACCGGACUUGGCGAAGAAAGUGAAAGAAGCAGGACUAUCUCUUCUCACAUACGGCGAUCACAACAAUGUUGCGGAAGCUCUUGCCCAACAGUACACAUGUGGAGUUGAUGGAAUCAUCGUAGAUUGUGUCCGGGAGAUCGUGACAGCGUCACGGACGGUGCAUGCUCUUCUGAAUUUCGUGCAGCCAGAUUGGUCGAAAUGGGUUCAGCAACCCCUUGAGCAAAGCUUUUGAGCUUGAGAGAGUACAAGGGUCGCGAGCCUAAGUCGGAUCAGAUCGACUCCAUUCAUUAUACAUUUUCCUCUCGGAGUAACCAAUUUUGAAAUGUAGAUAUUAGAUAUACAGCAUUCUUUCCCUAUAUCAUAGGCCCACGAAGUAGUUUUGUAUUUUUACCAAAAAAUAUAAGAGUGUAUACUAUGUACUCAUCACCCUCGGAAAGGGUUUAAUUUUGUACAUACUGUAUACCCAUCAAUUUUUCAUCAAAUAUAUU